AUUUUUAUUAAUGUCUUAUUGUAGUGCCUGUUUCCCUAAUGCAGGAAAUUACUUAGAGAUGGAUAGUGUUGUCCUCUGAUAUGCUGAUGUUCUUUCCAUGGUUCUUUACCGUGUGUCUGUGGGUUGCUCCAGCAUGUGCCAGAAAAAUGACAUAGCAUGGCACAUGGAAAUGAUUCUACUUAACCCAUGUCCAAUCCUUAUUAAACAUGGUCAUUUGCAGGUUUUCCUAAUCUUUCCUGAAUUCUACUUUAGUAUUGAAGUAUUUUGUUAAACUAAUCUCUGUCUGGUUUUGCUUCAGCAUAAUUGUAUCAGUUUGGGCCUUACCAUAGCAGCAACAUGAUAUGCUUUUUAUUUGAGUCAGUGUGUUUGGCUCAACAAUAUUUCUUUUGCCUCCGCUCCACCUCUGUUUUCAAUGGAGGAAGAAACACUUAAAUGCAGAAAAAGGGAGGAGAGUCCCCAAGCAAGCCAUGCGGGAAAUUGAUCAGCUUAGUGCUGAGAAUGCCAGUCCCAAGAAAGCAAUUGAGGAAUUGCAGGCCCAGGCAAACAUGACGAAAGAUAGCAGAGAACAUGAAUUAGUUGUGAGAUCAUCUUUAGAAAUGAAGAUCUCUGCUAUGAAGUUUGAGAUAUCUUGGUUAAAGCAAAAAGUAAUAACAGAUGCUCAAUCUCAAGGUUGGAAAGUUCUUCUUUUGUAUUUAUCGUUUCCAGGUAAAUGUUCUUUCAUGCUAUCUCCUUUUCAUAGGAAAAAAAAAUGUCAUUUCUUCUGAGUUAAUUCUUCUAUGGGCUGAUGCAUGUCUUCAUAAAUAGUUAUUUUCUAUGUAUAUUGUUUAUAGAAGUAUUAUAAACCUCACAACCUGAGUAAGAAGUUAGGAUAAUGUCCGUUAAUUAAAUACUACAAGUAAUAGAAAAUGGAACAAGGAGAAGAAUCUAAACAUGUUAACCAAGAAAGUAAACGUAUUGUUAGCAUUUGGACUUUGAGCAUGUAUAUCCAUAUGAACUGUACGAAUCAUUUUCCCUGUUUAUAAAUAGAACUCGCAUUCCAGAACUUGUUGCAGAUUGGAAGCUGCUUUUAGUCAUUUCAAUGAAAUGAAGUCUUGGCAGUAUGAACCAAAUGUUGUGACAUAUAAUCCUCUGACAAAGCUUUGACAGGAUACAGCCCUUGCCUGAUGGGAGAAAGACAUCAUAUGUGAAAGAAGGUAUGCUGCUGAGUAUGCUGCUGGCGGAACCUUAACAGCAAGAAUCAAUAUAGCUUCAAUUAGCAUAAAGAACGGAAAUGCUAUAAAGCUGGAAGUUUGAUUGUGAUCCAAAGAAUUUAACUCAUUUUUAGGAUAGAAAAACCUGUGAAUGCAUGGCAUUAUGGCUUCACUGCAUAAGGGCAGUGUAGGAAUGGUAUUAUAGCUAGCUACUUUGUGAAAAUUGGACAUAGUAUGUUGAAGUUGAAUUUGAUAUUGAAAUGUGAAUAUUGUUGUGGUAUGUUUUGUAAUAAUAUGGUUUCGUUUAA